UGAAGGAUGUUCAGAUAGCAUUCUACCUAGCAUAAAUAGUCAAAUAUGUAGAGAAGGGGUUCAUGGAGCCUUGAGGGGUCUUGUGUACGUGGAUGGGGGGAAAAAAUCAGAUCUAUUUUUACUUUUAAUUGAAAUUUAGCAUUUCUUCAAUUUUGAAUUUUUAAAAUAAAUAAAGUUCCACAGGCUUCACUAAACUGUCAAAGGUCAAGAACCACAGAUUUAGAGAAUGUAGUUUAAAUGACUUAAUUUUUCUUCAGUCAUCUGAGUAUAUUGUAUGUCUUCAAGACAGAUGCAUUAAGUCUGUACUUUGCUAUGUUCCUCUGCAAAAUGAAGGCAAUAAAAACUUUCAAAAUAAUUCUUAAAUUAUACAUCAUUUAUAAAAUUAUUUUUCUUUAUGUUGUUGCUAGUGUUGACCUGACAAAUGAACCAACAAUUAAUGUCACCAAUACUGGUGUCAAUAUAGAGAAUCAUGUCCAGAAAGAAGAUGACAGUACAUUUUCUUUAAUUACAUGGAAUAUUGAUGGAUUGGAUAUACACAGUUUGCAAGAUCGGGCUAAAAGCGUGUGUGAAUAUUUGGCUUUGUACACUCCAGAUGUGGUAUUUCUUCAAGAAGUGAUUCCACCAUACUACAACUAUCUAAAGAAAAGAGCAACCAGUUACACAAUUAUUUCAGGUAAUGAAGAUGGCUAUUUCACCGUAGUAAUGUUGAAGAAGUCAAGAGUGAAGUUAAUAAGCUAUGAAAUUACACCUUUUCCUACUACUCAGAUGAUGAGAAACCUUUUGUGUGUGCAUGUGACUGUAUGUGGUAAUGAGCUUUGCCUUUUGAACUCACACUUCGAGAGCACCAGAAACCAUGCUCGGGAACGGAUGAAUCAGCUAAAAAUGGUGUUAAAGAAAAUGCAAGAAGUCCCAGAGUCAGUUACAGUUAUAUUUGGAGGAGAUACAAAUUUAAGGGACCAUGAAGUGAGUUACAGUGUAUCAUUUCAGUGUUUCAUGUAGUAAACUGGUUGAUUUGUUUUUCUUUUCUCUCUUAUGUGGCCACAGGAUUUCAGAGUAAGGAACCUUGGUGGUUUCCUAGUUCAGCCUAUAACUUAAAAAUAAUCACCUCUGCAGCUUACUUUACAAGUGGUCAUCCAGACUUGACUUGAAGAACUCCAAUGAAGGGCUUCUUCCCAAGAUGGCCCAUUCUACUUUGAACUACUUUUCAGUUGUUAGGAAACUUUUCUUAUGUGAAUCAAUCAGCAAGUAUUUAUUAAGGCUCUUCUGUGGGCCAGGGACUCUGCUAAGACUGGGGAUACCCAUAAAAAACAGAGGCAAGUCAGUCCUUGCCCUGAAAAAGCUUACCUUUUACUUCAGAAGACCCUUGUUGCUUCUUUGCAACAAAAAAUGGAUAAUGUGACCCAUUCUAUUAAGCCCAGGUCUUUAAUUGACCUGUUAUAUGCACAAACCAUAAUGUAUAUCAUCCUAAUUCUGCAAUUAUUUACUGAGUGUCUGCUAUGUUGCAAGUACUCUUUUAGGUAGAAUGGGGUAUAUAAGUGUAAGACGUGAUCAUUGACCAUAAAGAUCUUACAAUCUUAUUAGAGAAACAAAACAUGAGCUAGGUAAUGAUCUGAGAGUUUAUGAUUAAGUACUAAGAGAAGUCAUGCAGAUAAUAUCUGCUGUAGGAGUUCAGAGCAGGGAACAGUCAGUGUGGACUUGAGUAGUCAAGGAAAUCUUGGAAUGGCAGUAUAUCCUAGUGGACAGAAUGUUAUUUGUGGUAUCAGAAAGACCUGGCUACCAGUGCUUUCUCAGACAUGAGGUGUUUGACCACUGAACUUCUGGGACACUAGACUCAGUGACCACUAAGGUCCCUUCUAGCUCUGAAUCCAAGGUCCUAUGAUUUGAGGUGGUAAUACUUGAUCUGGGCCUUAAAAGGAUGGGUAAGAGCUGGUGAGCAGAGAAUAUGAGAGGGGAAGGAAGGAGACAAACAUUUAUUAAAUGCUUACUAUGUGCCAGGCAUUAAAUGCCCAGUACUUU